AUGAGUUUCUCGGACGACGAAGACUUUAACGACAUCUACGGUGACGACUCCAACGCCACCUCCACGACUGCCGCUACCACGGCGGCUGAACCCACUAAACAAGAAGUAGCAGCCUCAGCGGCGAAUGCGCAAAGCGCGGACACCUCCAAGCCCCAGGGUGCUGGGGCGGCGGCCUCAGCUUCGACAGAAGCUGCGCAGCCAGCAGCUGUUGCGCAGCCCGCGCCAGCGCCUGCCGCCUCUUCAUCCCUUGACCAGCUUGCAGCGCUUCAAGCGUUGUCGUCUAACUUGAGCCAGCUCCAGCAGGCGGCUAGCGGUAACAACAAUAGCUCUACAGAAUCGCAGACUAAAGAUCCCUCAAGCACCUCAGACACAGCCGCGGUCCCCGCGACAUCGACUGCAUCAGCACCCCCAGCUAUGCCCGGAAUGCCUGCAAUGCCUUCGAUGCCCGGGAUGCCCAGCAUGACCGGAAUGCCUGGGAUGCCUGGUAUGCCCAACAUGCAACAGUGGCAACAACUUCAACAGUUGCAGCAAAGCAUGCCUCAGUUUCAACAGGGGGGCGCCUCCGGGCCCGGCUCUGCUGCUGAACAGAGAACCAACAAGGCCGACCUUUCGCGUGACAUUUGUAAAAUGUUCAUUGGCGGCUUGAACUGGGAAACCACUGAGGACAACCUAAAGGACUAUUUCUCCAAAUACGGCCAAGUAACUGAUCUCAAAAUUAUGAGGGACAAUGCAACUGGUAGAUCCAGAGGAUUUGGUUUUUUAACUUUCGCAGAAGCUUCUAGCGUAGAUGAAGUUGUAAAGACCCAGCAUAUUCUUGAUGGUAAAGUCAUCGACCCAAAAAGAGCAAUCCCUCGUGAAGAGCAAGACAAAACAGGUAAGAUUUUUGUUGGCGGUAUCGGUCCUGAUGUCAGACCCAAAGAGUUCGAGGAGUUUUUCUCCCAGUGGGGUACUAUCAUCGACGCCCAGCUUAUGUUGGACAAGGACACAGGGAGAUCUAGGGGAUUCGGCUUCAUCACCUAUGACACACCUGAUGCAGUGGACCGUGUGUGUGAGAACAAGUUCAUUGAAUUCAAAGGAAAGAGAAUUGAGAUCAAGAGAGCUGAGCCAAGACACCUUCAAAAGCAGCAGCAACAACAAAAAACACAGGCGCCUUUUGGCUCCGCGCAGUUCAAUAUGUUCCAGAAUCCAAUGAUGGGCAACUUCAACCCUAUGUUCAAUCCUCAAGCCAUGGCCGAGUACUACAACAAAAUGCAAGAGUAUUACGCCCAAAUGCAACAGCAGACCGGUGUCGACUAUUCACAAAUGUACCAGCAGCAAAUGCAGCAAAUGCAGCAAAUGAUGACCGGUAUGAUGCCUGGGAUGCCUGGGAUGCCUCCAGCUGCCUCCCAGUCUGACACGCCAACUCAAGAAGCCUCUGACGUUCCCACCAUUGGAUCAGAAGACAAGGCUGAAGAGCGCAACGACGGCGACAACAACAUCGAAAGAAGGGUGUCUUCCCCCCCAACAAACGCACCCAGGGGCCCAAGGUCAGGAAACCCUCGCGACAACGGUCGCGAAGGCCGUGAUAACCGUGACGGACGCGAUGGCCGUGAUAAUCGUAAUAGUCGCGAUGGCCGUGACGGCCGCGACGGUCGCGACGACCGCGACAACGGCGGUCGUGGGAGUUACCGCUCAGGUUUCCGGAACCGUGACCGCAGCGGCUACCGUGGAGGACGUAGCGGUUAUUCCAGGCGCAACAACAAUGGCUACCAUCCUUACUCUAGAUAA